AUGCUGAUAUUUCCUGUGAUGAUAGCCACAACAGUGUACGGGAAUACAUGCCGUUCGGAACCGAAAUGUUCAUGUGACUUUGCCAGUGAAAAUGACAUUAGUACAACGACGACAGAGAUGUUAGCCGGAGCUGUGGGAGCGAUGAGUCCUCUUCUAGCUGCAGGGGCUGGUUUAGGGAUUUACAAAUGCAUACAGAGCUGCAUGAGCUCUUCUAAACAGGGAUUUGAGCGGGCACCCUCUGACCUGACCGAUGACUCCUACCAGGACACUAAACAGAAGAAAUUCUCACGUGGUAGGCGUAACAGUACAACCCCGCUGAGAACCGAGACUAGUGAUUUGAACCUCAGUCGGAGAGGUUCGAACGCUACGACGCUAUCUGUCACAGAUUAUGACGAUUGGGAGGACGAUUCAGAAAGAGGUAUGUCACCAAUUUCCUUCUCAGAAGUGUCUGCCAGAAUAACACCUGCAGCGAAAAAUGACAACAUCAACGCCUGGUUGGGCUAG